UCUUUCUUCUUUCCUGAAAACAUUUGCGACCUCCACACACUCUCUCUCUACUCAAAAGAAACCACCUGAAUCCUUUUGCCGUCUUUCUUUCCAAAUAUUCCAAUCAACUCCCCAUGGCUUCUCCCCGAAAGAGCCCGUUAUCAGAACCCGGAGAUCGCCAGUCCGCCGCUGCAAUCGUAGUCCAACCGUCGUCCCCUCGCUACCCUCCGAGCGGGACGCCCACCUCCGGAGCCCAGCGCCGAAUCGGGAUCGCCGUCGAUCUCAGCGACGAGAGCGCCUUCGCCGUCAAAUGGGCCGUCCAGAACUACCUCCGCCCUGGCGAUGCUGUCAUCCUCCUCCACGUCCGCCCCACUAGCGUCCUCUACGGCGCCGACUGGGGCGCCACCGACGUCUCCAUCCCCGAAGACCAGGAGUCCCAGCAGAAGCUCGAGGACGAUUUCGAUAAUUUCACCGUCACCAAGGCCAACGACCUCGCCAGGCCGCUCGAGGAGGCCAGGACGCCGUACAAGAUCCACAUAGUCAAGGACCACGACAUGAAGGAGCGGUUGUGCUUGGAGGUCGAGAGGCUCGGCCUCAGCGCCGUCGUGAUGGGCAGCCGGGGAUUCGGGGCUUCGAAGCGGACCUCCAAGGCCAGGCUCGGCAGUGUCAGUGACUACUGUGUGCACCACUGCGUCUGUCCUGUUAUCGUCGUGAGGUUCUCCGAUGACAAGGAUGAUGAAAACGACGCUGAAAAGCAAGGUAAAUUGGACUGCCCCGUCGUGCCUGAGGAGGAGCCGGAGUUUCAUGACGCUUUGGAUAAAGACGCAGAUAAGGCGCGCUGAACAACAGAUGGAGAUGCUGGACGAGCUUUCAGAUGAUGUUGAUCAAAUACUCCUGGUUCGUGUGUAAUCAUGUUGUAUGAAAAAGUGUGGCAGUACUAUUGAGUCUCUGUUUUUAAUUUCUUUUAUUCCGGUCUGUGGCGGCUACCUGAAUCUACUGAUCGUUGUUUCAACCACCUUUUCACUGCCUUCCAUGUUUAUGAAGCUCCGGGAUGAUGAAUAAUGGAUGGAUUGUCUUUGUUGUUCC